AUGCCGAUUCGGCCUCGCGCCAGGCUGAAACACGAAACUGAACCGUACAAAGCUCCACGGAACAUGCGCCCGCUGUCACCGCACGGUGCUCACUGCGCCGGCCUUAUCACGGCGAGCGAUUUGUGUUCCGUCCGUGAUAAUACCCCAUGGCGAUCAGUGCCGCACGGCCGCCCGCCAAGAGCUGACGCGGCAGCCUUAACGCGCGUCGCAUCGAAACAUGUUGCGCUCUCGAACGCUCCAAACGUAUCGGGCAACGUGACAAGCUCGGCCGCCUCAUCUACACAUUGUUGUGCGCGUGUGACGGUGUGCUACGAUUCUAUCUGCCUCGUCUUAAGGAUCUCCUUUAUCAAGGCAUUGUUCUGCGACUGGAUUGUGUGCCGGCUC